UUUAUUUCAUGAAUAAAAUUUGACUCUCAAUGGCCAACAGUCCCAACUGAAACUGCAGGAAGCAAACCUAAGAAGAGGAAACGUUCGGAGGAAAUCUCGAUCGAAGAAUUCAGAGGAUCGCAGGUUGAAUUCCCUCCGAUAGGGUACUGCUCCAUCUUUGGUAGCUCGGCCACCCCCUUUUUGAUCCAAAAUGGCCUCUAAUGGCGUAAUUCCGAGACCGGAAGAUGCCGGGAACAGCUUGGAAAAGAUCAAGCGGCAGCUGGCCUCUGGUUCUGGUCGGAAUUUGUUGCAGGGUCCUCUUCUCAAGCGAUCUGAAACAUUGAGGAAAUGGAAUGAGCGAUGGGUUAUUUUGGACCCAACAACAGGGAAAAUGGAGUACAAAAUUAGGAGAAACGAGGCAACUAUCAAAGGAACUAUUAUAUUUGAUGCAAAUAGCAAUAUUACUGUUUCUCCUGUGAAUUUCCAUGGGCUACCAAAGUAUGAUGGUUGCUGUAUCUAUAUCGGCACACCCCAGAAACAAGAUUACUUCCUCUGUGCAGAGACUCCUGGUGCAGCUAGAGCUUGGGUGUCUACCUUGCAUGCAACCCAGUUGGUCCUUAAGGCCCAUAAAGAGGCUGUAAAUUCCUUGAGUGGCAAUGGCUCUGCAAAAUUAGGAACAGUAGCCACAGUAGUUGCUGCUGCCAAUUCAACCGCCCAGGAAAGUUCCAAAGAAAUUGAAAGAGCAAUGCAGAUUUCUUUAAGAAAUACUCUGGGAAUCAUCGCAAAUAAAACAACUGAUGGCGCAAUGGAUGAUCUAGCGAUUAUGAAGGAAACACUACGAGUUAAGGACGAGGAACUACGGAAUAUGGCUCGUGAUCUCCGUGCACGAGAUUCAACAAUUAACGAUAUUGCUGAAAAAUUAUCUGAGACAGCUGAAGCUGCAGAGGCUGCUGCAUCUGCAGCCCAUAUGAUGGAUAAACAAAGGAAAAUUGUUUGUGCAGAAAUUCAACGUAUAAAAGAAGAUUCUGAGAAGCAACUGGAUGCAUCCAUGUUGAAGCUCAAAGAAUAUGAAGUAAAAUUUAUUGAAAUGAGUAGAGAAAGAGAUCAGUUGAAAAAACAAAGAGAUGCUGCUAAUCAGGAAGCAGUUAUGUGGCGAUCUGAGCUUGCAAAAGCUAGAGAGCAGGUUGUGAUUCUCGAAGGUGCUGUUGUGAGAGGGGAGGAGAAAAUCAGGGUUGCAGAAGCAGAUGCUGAAGCAAGAAUAAAGGAGGCCAAACAGAAAGAGUUAGCUGCUUUGCAGGAGAAGCAGGAGCUUAUGGCAUAUAUAAAUAGGCUACAAGCACAAAUUCAGAGACAACAUAUACAAGUUUUUGAGGAGAAGAUGGAAUCUUGCCCAGGUAACAAUAGUUCUCUGCUAACGAAGCACGUUGACUCGUCGGACGAUAAUGUGGAUAAAGCAUGCUUGAGCGACUCUAGAGCGAUACCAGCCUCUGGUGAGGUGAACCUACGCCCAAUUGGAGAUGGGGAAUGGAGUGAUAUUCAGACAACAGAAUCAAGAAUCGCUGAUGUUAGAGAAAUCGCUGCAGAAACUGAAGGAAGCAGCUUAGAUAUUACUGUUGUUAGCCAACCAAUCAGCAGCCAGCAUGAGCAAGAUGUGAGCUCUUCGAAUCAGCCUUAAAUUCAACAUAAUACAAAACAUAAAAUGCAUGUCAGAUUAGCAUCCACCACAUCUAGCUGAGAAAAAUGCGAACUCUAUCUUUUGCAUUAUUUUCUGUGGGAGUAAUAUUCAAUUAUUUGACUGACUGGUCUGAUGUUUGUGAGUGUACAUUUCUUGGAGUUUAGAUGCUUAAGUUUUAACAGAAUGUGUUCUGUUGUGUGAGCCAAUUGAUCAAUGAUUUAAACUUUUGUGUA